AUGAUUUGUGUAUUAUUAAAUGAUAGAUAUGUUGGUACAUUUGAUUUAUCGGUAUUCAUUUAUCUUUCAGUAUUUGAGACUUAUACACCCAAAUGCAACAGAGAAAAAUGUGUUAUAGAAUUGAAUGAUACUCAGAUUAAAAACUUUUAUGGAAAUAGUAUUAAAAGAUACACAAUUUAUUUAUAUGAAGUGGAUACAUAUAAUUUGAAGGGUCAAUCAUUUGAUCCAAUAAACUAUGCUAUCUUUGGAUUACCAUUGACUGAGGUUAGUAAACUUCAACUUACUGGUAAUUAUUUAAGAAAUUAUGUUAAUGAUUAUUACAAGGUAGAUGGAGAGGCUAGAGGCUAUGGAUUACAAUUUAGUGUUGAUAAAGAGAAUUUUGACCCCGAAAAUUUAACUGUAAAUUUUCCACCUGGUUAUGGAAGUUUUAUUUUGUAUCCUGAUUCUUCUCUAAAGAGAUUAGUAAUAUAUAUAAACUAUGCUCCUAUAUUUCUUAAUGUAAUUAUAAAGAUUCAAUAA